UCGACUUUGUUGGCCUUUUAUUGCAUCUAGAUCGACUGGAUACCGGUAGGUAGGGAGACAUGAGGAUAUCGCACUCCUUUCAAGCGUCAACGUGGUUGGGACAGACACCAACAUCAAAAGAUGAAGGAUGGAUGACCACCAAGCAGCGACGAUAUCGACGACGUAUAAGUGCAAGUACAACAUGGGAAUAUCAAAGUACUGUAUGAGACACCAACCAGCAGCAGGACCGGGAACGAAGUCGAUGAGGUUGUAUCGGAUCGUAUCGGAUCGCAUUGUAUGCACCAUGCCUCCCCCCAGCCGAUGGAAUUGGAUGCACCAGACGGGAGUUUUUGUAUCCCCUCGUGCCGUUGCUCAGGUCAGGUCGGUCUCUCUAAGAAAUGGGCUGGGUUGGAGCAGGAUGCUUGGCCGCUUUCCGCCCGCCCUGUCGCAAGUCCCCUUUUUCUCCGACUCUUGUGUCAUUCCGAACACACUCUCUCACAGCACAAGGCCGCACAACCACAGAUUCUUGCCUUGCCGUGCUGCAGCUGCCCAGCUGCCCUUGUGCUUGUGAGUUUGUGAUCCCUUCAGAUUCAAGUUUGGCGCUGGCUGGCUGGUUCUGUUCUGAGGUGAUUAUUACAAGAUCCGGUCCUCGUCCGCUUGUUGAACGGCGGCGCUCCUCAAAGUGCUUGGUCCUUUUUCACCCCCUUUCCCUCUCCCGGGCCCCCCUUUUGUUGUCUUUGUGGUGUCACCAGUGGCAUCAAGACAAAUUGUGAUAUCCAUUCGCCUGUCUACCCGUUUGUCGACCUUUGUAACCGUCCACUUCACUUAUUGCGACGCGUCAUUCAAGCAAGCACAG